AUGGCGAAGGGAACGAAAGAUGAAACAGGGGAUGGGAAAGUGGGAGAGAAAAAGCAGAAAACGAUUGUCUUUCUACAUCCAGACCUCGGGAUAGGCGGCGCCGAGAGGUUGGUUGUCGAUGCGGCGGUUGGGCUGCAGAAGAGAGGGUGCAAGGUGGUGAUUUUUACUAGCCAUUGCGAUCCAGGGCAUUGUUUUGAUGAGGCUAGGGAUGGAACCCUCGACGUCCGCGUAAGAGGCAACACCGUCAUCCCCCCUUCCAUCCUCGGCCGCUUCUCCAUCCUCUGCGCCAUCCUCCGCCAGAUCCACCUCAUCUUGUCUAUUACUCUCUUGACCUCGGAACUCUCCAUGAUAAACCCUUCGGGCUUCUUCAUCGACCAGCUCUCCGCCGGCGUACCCCUCCUCUCCCUCUUGCGGCCACAGACACCGAUAUUCUUUUACUGCCACUUCCCCGAUUUGCUCCUCGUCCAAAACCGAAACUCGUCGCUGUUCAAGAGACUCUAUCGGAUCCCGUUUGAUGCGCUGGAGCAAUGGUCCAUGGGCUUUGCGACCUCGACGGCGGUCAACUCGAAUUUCACAAAGUCGGUCGUUGCGAAGACUUGGCCGGGUUAUCCAGCCGAUCAGCUUAAAAUUGUCUACCCCUGCAUCAACACCUCCCUUCCCUCCUCCUCCUCCUCCGACGAAGAAACCCAACCGAUUAAAUGGGGGCAGUCGGAGAAGUCGAUCAUUUUGAGUAUCAACCGCUUCGAACGCAAAAAAAACAUCGCCCUCGCCAUCCAAGCGUUCGCCCUCCUCCCCGCUCCCGCCCGACAGAAAUCAAAGCUUGUCGUUGCCGGGGGGUAUGACGCGAGGGUGCACGAGAACGUCUCUUACCAUGCUGAUCUAGUCAGCCUGUGCGAGAAACUGGGGUUGAAGUCUGCUACUGUCAAAACGGUGGUCAGCGCGCUGAACUCGAGCAUAGAGGAUGUGGAAGUCUUGUUUCUGCUGUCGGUGCCGAAUGCGCUGAAGGAGAUUUUGUUAAAGAGUGCAAAGUUGCUGGUUUAUACGCCGAGGGAGGAGCACUUUGGGAUUGUGCCGCUGGAGGCUAUGCUGAGGGGGGUUAUGGAGCGCGUUGUUGAGCGGAUGGGGGAGGGAGAGUUGAGGGAGAUGGGGGAGGAGGGGAAGAAGAGGGUGAGGGAGAAUUUUGCGGAGACGGAAAUGGCGAGGCAGUUGGAAGGUGUGUUCGAGGAGAUAGAGGGGGUGGAUGCCAAAGGGGCGGGGGCUUUGGGAUUGGUGUUGGUGGUGAUGGCGGGGAUUACGGGGGCGAUAGGGGUGGGGAUAGGGUUGUGGUUGGUUAGGACGCCGGCGGUGAAGUUGUAG